GACAUUGAAACAUAUAAUACUAACCUUCAGUUGGCAGCUGCUCCAAGAUGGUUAACCAAACAAGAAGCUAGAGUUGGGAAGUUGCACUCCUCCCUUGUCCUUUCCUUUAAGUCUCAAAAAGAACUCAAACAUGCACUGAGAAACAGAUUGAUAAUUGCAGGAACCCCAGUCAGAACCUCAGAGUUUGUGGAUACCAGACCCUCAACACAAUGCAGGAACUGCCAGAAGUUUGGACAUCACCAGAAGGUCUGCAGACAUGAUACAAGAUGUCAACUCUGUGCUGGUGAACACUCAACCAGACUGCACAAGUGUGCAACCUGCCAGGCCAAUAAGGAAUGUCCCCAUACCUUACUUAAGUGUGCUAACUGUGAGGGAACCCACAAGUCUACUGAUCAGAGGUGUACAGUU